AUGACUACUGUAGAAUCAUGCAAUCAGAAGUAAUAGUUUGAGAUCACUUUUGCAAACUUCGAAGAAAUGAAAUAAUACUUAAGUGAUGACAAGAAUAUAAAGUCUUAAAAGAUAGGUUUGGUUUUCAAAUCUGUAGAUGUAGAUAAUUUUUCUUUGAUAUAGAGAUUUUUCUAAUGCCACUACACAGAAAUAACAGAUUUUUUAUACAUUCAUGAGUGCUCAAACACUUUUACUGAAAAAGAUUGCGAAAAUAUAGCAGAAUACCUUAAGAAAAUGAAUAAUCUACAAUCUUUACAGUUGUUUUUGAGACUAAACAAGAUUAAUAGUGGGAUAGUAUUUAUAUCUAAAAUACUUCCAUGCCUUUAGAAUCUCUAAAAAGUAAGCUUUAGAAUGUAAAGCAACGGAAUAGACAAUGAAGGACUAAAAACCAUUUCAGAAGGCCUCAGUUAAUUGCCUAAUUUGUAAGAAAUAGAAUUGAUGUUAUUAGGUAAUGAAAUCACAGAUAUAGGAUCACUUAGAUAAUUAACUAAUUUGAAAAAUAUGAAAAAGUUCCAUUUCUAAAUUACAAAAAAUAAUGUAACACUUGAACAAAUCAUAGAAAUGGUCGACUAUUUGCAGUCGUGUGAGAGCUUGAGGUACUUAACUUUAGACAUACAACAGCUUCACUUUUCUUCAGAAGAGAGUAUGAAAAUCUUAAUGAAUAAGAUUUGUGAUAUGGCUUAACUUGAGUCUCUUUCUUUAGAUUUAGAAAAUUCUAAAAUUAGUCCCGAACUAGUUGAGAUGUUUACUUAAAGAAUUAGCAAAAUGAAAAAAAUAUUAAAAAUAUCAUUGAAUUUCAAAAACAAUUAGCUUAGAGAUAUAGGAUGUCAAAACAUUAAGAAAAUGCUCUUACAAAUGCCCUAGUUAACUUCUUUAGGUUUAAUUUUAGAUAUAAAUUAAGUCACCACAAUAGGUAUUGAAGAUUUAAUAGAAGGUAUUAGUGCUUUAAAGUAUAUUAACUAGCUGUACUUUAGCAUCAUGGCAAACCAUUCAGAUAAAAUUAAUUCAAUUUACUCCAAGAUUCUUUCUAAUACAUAGUAUCUCAGCUAGGUAUAAAUUCAUGCAAGUGGUAGAUUCAAAUAAAUAUCUGAAGAAUUCGCUAAUUACUACAAAUAGAUUUAUGUCAUGCUCCUUUAAAUGAGUGUGUUCAUCAAUAAUUUCAACGAAUAUCAAAUAUAUAAUCCUUGCUUUAUAAUGCAAGAUCUCUUCUACGAUUGA